AUGAGUGUAGAGUCCACCAAGCCGCGUGAUGCUUGCUGCUCCAAGCUCAAGCUCUUUCUCGCAUCAAUGGCAUUCGCAUAUUUUGCCAAAGCCUUUGGUGGGGCGUAUAUGAAGAGCUCCAUCACCCAGAUUGAAAGACGCUUUGACAUCCCCAGCUCGCUUAUUGGGGUCAUUGAUGGCAGCUUUGAAAUGGGCAACCUGUUGGUAAUAGCCUUUGUGAGCUACUUUGGUGCCAAGCUCCAUCGUCCCAGACUGAUUGCUAUUGGCUGCUUGAUCAUGGCUUCCGGCUCCUUUCUUAUUAGCCUACCUCACUUUUUGCAGGGCCCGUAUAAAUACGAGACCAGCAUGACUCGCAGUUCAACGGACAAUAACACUGAAAGCAUUCUGCCAUGUUCAUCCAACCACAGUUUGACCGAUAUCGACACUGAUAAUUUGGCAGACCGAGCAGAUUGCGAGAAGGCAGCCGGUUCAUCCAUGUGGGUUUAUGUAUUCGUGGGCAACAUGCUGCGAGGGAUUGGAGAGACUCCCAUCAUGCCUCUGGGAGUGUCCUACCUGGAUGACUUUUCAAAAGAGGAAAAUACUCCUUUUUACUUGGCCUGCAUCCAUACAGUGGGAAUCCUGGGCCCCAUGUUCGGCUACAUGAUGGGAUCUUUCCUCGCUAAGAUCUACGUUGACAUUGGAUUCGUCAAUUUAGAUAGCGUGACCAUCAACUACAAGGACUCCCGCUGGGUCGGAGCCUGGUGGCUGGGCUUUAUCGCGACCGGCACUAUUAUCAUGCUCUCCAGUAUCCCCUUCUGGUUCCUGCCCAAGUCUCUUCCCAAGCAGGGGAAGGAGAAGGACCAGAGUAAAGGUCUGGAGCUCGACACAAAGGCAGAGCUAGAUCAGUUCCUCCCAGACCAGGAUCACCAAGAAAAAGAAGUUACUUUCAAGGAGAUGGCUAAAGAUUUUGUUCCUUCUCUGAAAAGACUCUUCAGGAACAGCAUCUAUUCUCUAAUGAUCCUCACCUACCUCGUGGUAGUCAACGGCUUCAUGGGCAUGAUCACCUUCAAGCCAAAGUUCUUGGAGCAAAUCUACGGCCAGUCGGCCUCCAAGGCCAUUUUCCUCAUAGGUAUCCUCAAUUUGCCAGCAGUUGCCUUAGGCAUCAUUACCGGAGGUUUUGUUCUCAAGCGUUUCAAGCUAGGAGUGAUCGGGGCAGCCCGGGUAUCCAUAACGGCAUCAAUUUGCUCUUUUUGCCUGCUGGUUGUGCAGGUCUUCGUUCAUUGCGAAAGUGCAGAGGUGGCCGGCCUCACUGUCACGUAUCAAGGAAUCCCCGAUGUGUCCUACCAGCCGCAAACGCUGUUGUCACAAUGCAACGCCGGCUGUUCCUGCUCGAUGAAGCAAUGGGAUCCAGUUUGCGCCUACAACGGGAUGACGUACGCUUCUCCCUGUCUGGCUGGUUGUCAAACCUCCACCGGCACUGGAAAAGAAAUCGUGUUCCAUAACUGUUCCUGCAUUACGGAAAUGAUCAGUCCCAGCCAAAACACCUCAGCGGUGUUGGGCCAGUGUUCUAGGAAAAGCGACUGCGAUCGAGUUUUCAAAAUUUACAUGGCUCUGUCCGUGAUUGGCUCCUUUAUAUCAGCGUGCGGCGGCACCCCGGGUUACAUAGUGCUGCUUAGAUCCAUUCAACAAGACUUGAAGUCUCUGGCUUUGGGAAUGCAGACGUUGAUCGUAAGAACUUUGGGUGGGAUACCUCCUCCCAUAUAUUUCGGAGCCCUGAUUGACCGAACCUGUUUAAAGUGGGGGACCAAACACUGCGGAGGCCGCGGCGCGUGCCGACUGUACGACGCCGAUGCGUUCAGGUGGACAUUCAUGGGGUUGGUCAGCGGACUGUACUUCGUGGCGAACGUGAUGUGGUUGGGCCUGUAUCGAAAGAUUGUUCAGAGACAGAAGAAGUUAGCAUUAAGGGAGCAAGCCAAGGAAAACGGAGUCGAGGAGAACGGAGUGAACGGACACGCAAAUAUCAAUAUUGACCAAAACAAAGAUGACACAGAGAAAGAGAGCACUAUUUAA